AUGGGGCUUGUGGAAGGUCUGGGGGCAGCAGUGCUGCUGUGGAAGCCUCGGGGAGGGCUCAUCCCUGGAAUCCCCCCGGGUAUCCUGGUGCCUCCAGCUGCUGUGUGGUGUGAGAAUUCCUGGCUGGUGGGGACGCACAGGGACUUGUUUGGAUUGGCCAUCUGGUCCAGUCCAGGGAGCUGCGCCUCCCCCCUCGGGGAAAACUCACUUUUGAUGUGUGACAACAGCUGCAGUGGAAGCCUAGCAUGGGUGGAGACCCCCGAGACUGAACUCAGUGGUGGGAUCCAGCCCUCCCGCCCCCAGCUCUCCUACAUAGAGCCCAGAGCCAGCAGGGUGGGCUUCCUGGAGACGCAGGUGCUCCUGCUGGCUGGGGAGCAUGAGCAGGGGUCCCUUUGGGGAGGUGGAAGAGGCUGCGGUGCCACUGAGGUGGUAGAAGCUGAGCUAGGGCUGGGCCCCCUGGUCCUGAAUGAGGCCUCACCAGUCUUGGAAGCUGUACCCAAGGUAGCUUCAUGUGAUUCCAGCCUCAUUCCUCUAUGGGCCACAUAUCCUAAACAAAGGCCUGGACAGGGGGUUUUUAUCCGAGUGCCCAGAAAACACACACGGAAAGGCUCUGCAUGCCCCCAUGGCCUGCCAGAGAUUCAGGACAUUCUGAAGGUGCUGGUGUCCAACCUUAACCAUUCCAGUGGUGCAUCAUCUGCUACCCUGAAGGAUCUGGAAGUAAGAGACCCUGGGCUGACGUGCAGUGACCCUGCAGACCAGCCCUCCAACUUCCUCUCACAGUGGGGGCUGGGUGCCCCUCUGCCAGCUGAGACAGCCCACGCACACCUCAGCCCUAAUGAUUGUUCUCUCUACCUCUUCCCACAAUCCUCCUCCAACUGCUCCUCUCUGCAUGCGCCUCAGAGCCGAAACCAAGAACUGGAAGUAGCCCUGGACUCAAGCUCCGCAACAAUCAAUCAACUCUAUGAAAACAUAGAAUCACUGAAACAACAGAAGAAACAAGUGGAACAUCAGCUGGAAAAAGUAACGGUCCCUGAUAACCUGGUCCCAUGGGUGGGCCUGUGCUGGGGCACUGGUGGCAUUCUGGGGGCAUGUCUCUUGCUGUGCCAUCUCUGCCUCCCCGUGGGUGGGGAGUUUUCUCCUGUCCUCCAGAGAAUGUUUCUUUCCUUCUCUUUCAGCACUUGCUUGGCUUUUCCCCCAAACAUUCCAUUUCAGACAAUCAACAUCCUCACGUUGGAAAAGGCAGACUUGAAGACCACCCUUUACCAUACUAAACGUGCCGCCAGAUGCUUCGAAAAAGAGUCCAAGGAUCUGGCCGGCCACCUUCAAUACUCUUUACAGCGUAUUCAAGAAUUGGAGCAGGCUCUCUCUGUUGUGUCUACACAGCAGCAGGAAGAGGACAGGUCCUCGAGCCGCAGUGAAGCAGUCCUCCAGCGGCAGUUACAGCAGACCAGAAAGGAGCGGACGCUGCUGAACGCACACGUGACACAGGUGACAGAGUCACUUAAACAAGUCCAGCUAGAGAGAGAUGAAUAUACUCAACAUAUAAAAGGAGAGAGGGUCCGGUGGCAGGAGAGGAUGCAGAAAAUGUCGAUGGAGGCUCGCACAUUGAAGGAGGAGAAGAAACAUGACAUAUAUCAGAUACAGGAGCUGGACAGGAGCUUCUCCGAACUCAAAACCGAGAUGGCUGAGCCUCCAUCCUCAGCACCCCCAGCAGGGACAUCUGAGGUGGAACAGCUACAAGAUGAGGCCAAACACCUGAGGCAGGAGGUGGAAAGUCUGGAGGGAAAGCUCCAAUCCCAGAUGGAAAACAAUCAGGCCUUGCGUCUCCUGAGCAAAGAACAAAAGGAGAGACUCCAGGAGCAGGAGGAGAGACUCCGGGGGCAGGAGGAGAGGAGGCUUCAGGAGCAGGAGAGACUGUGUGAGCAAAAGGAGAGGCUUCGGGGGCAGCAGAAGAGGCUUAGGGAUCAGGGUGAGAGGCUGCAAAAGCAGGAGGAGAGGCUACAAAAGCAGGAGAAGAGGCUACAAAAGCAGGAGGAGAGGCUGUGGGAGAAGGAGGAGAGGCUACGAAAGCAGGAGGAGAGGCUGUGGGAGAAGGAGAAGAGGCUGCGAAUGCAGGAGGAGAGGCUUGCGCUCUCCCAGAACCACAAGUUCAACAAGCAACUGGCCGAGCCACAGUGCAGCUUUGAGGAUCUGAACAAUGAGAACAAGAGCGCACUGCAGUUGGAACAGCAAGUAAAGCAGCUGCAGGAGAAGCUGAUCAAGGAGCACCUAGAAGCUGCCAACCAGGAGAACCAACAGCUAGAGACCCAGUUGAGUCUCAUGGCUCUCCCUGGACAAGGAGAUGGAGGAGGACAUCUAACUGAGGAGGAGGGGGUGCCUCGGCCUAUGCCGAGUGUCCCAGAGGACCUGGAGAGCCGGGAGGCCACAGUGAGUCUGACUUUCCCUGCCCCGGCUUUGCCACCUUCCUCUGUGGUCCCUCCCAGACCCCCUUAUGCUCUUGCUUUCCCCGCCUUCUGAUUUCUCUGGACCUUCACCCCUUCCGGGAGCCAGUGGUCAGACACCACUUCACCUGUGACCCACAGGUGCACUCUCUGAGGCCCCAAGGGAAGGGGCUGUGCUCCACCUCCCAGCCCCAUUUGUUCUGUGUAUGCCCCUACAAGAAUACUCAGCUC